AUGAGAUUCGGAAUCGUUUUCACCGGUAUUAUCGGUUACGCUGCCGCCCUGCCGGCCAUGGGCGCCCAGAAAGGCUCUGAACCAAAUGCUGUUCAGCCCAGCGGAGCCCCCUCUUUCCAGGGUGCUGCUCCUUCUGGUUCGCCUCUUCCCCUUCCUUCUGGUGCUCCUCAGGGUAAGGGCCAGGGUCAGGGUCAGGGCUUUGGCGAACAAGGCUCCGGAAACUCCCCCAGUGACGGCCAGGCUCCUACUGUGAGCUUCUCUGGUGCUCCUCAGGGCACCGCUGCCCCCGCUCCUUCCGGUGCUCCCCAGGGCCACAGGAGACGUCAGCUCGAAAUCCCAGCUUCCGCUGCCAACGGCGCUGCCCCUACUGGCUCCGCUGCCGCUGGUGAUUUUGGAGGUGCUCCUUCUGGUGCUCGUCCUUCCGGUGCUGCCGGUGGUGAUGGCCCUUCUCCUUCUGGCUCGUUUGGCGGUAACGGCGCUGCUCCUUCCGGUGUUGCUGGUGGCAAUGGCCCCUCUCCUUCUGGCUCGUUCGGCGGCAACGGUCCCUCCCCCUCUGGCUCCUUUGGUGGUAACGGUGCCGCUCCCUCCGGUGUUGCUGGCGGCAACGGCCCUUCCCCCUCUGGUGCUGCUUCCGGUGAUGCUCACAAGGGCUCCCACAGACACCAGACCGAGGGCUCCCAGUCCAAGGGAUCCUCCCACUCUCGGGGAUCCAAGGGCUCUCCCACUCGGCAGGGUCCGGGUGCUGCUGCCUCUGGCUCCUUCGGCGGCAAUGGUGCUGCUCCUUCCGGUGUUGCUGGCGGCAACGGCCCCUCUCCUUCCGGCUCUUUCGGUGGAAACGGUGCUGCUCCCUCUGGUGUCGCUGGUGGUAACGGCCCCUCUCCUUCCGGCGCUGCCGCUGGUGGUGCCCCUGCUGCCUCGGGUGCUCCCGCCGCUGCUCCCUCGGGUGCCUCUUUCUAA